AUUUUGGGGUCCGUUUGCAGGUUAUUGUCAUGUCCAGCCACGAGACCAUCCGGGUGCUGGAGGUGGGGGUGGAUGGGGACCCCAAAACGGCCGGGGAGGGAGCGGGGGGGUCCCCGGCACAGGGGGGCCCCCCAGGUGUGGAGGAUGCUCCCGCCAGCGCCCCGAGCUCGUCCGGAGGGGAGGCGACAGGUAAAGCCAAAGCAGCGUCGCCCACCCCGGUGCCCUCGAGCCCGGCCCCGAGCCAGCCCGGCGUGACACACCUGGCCGUGCAGGCCACCCCGCAGGUGUUGGCUCAGGAAAGCUUAGCCACAGGUGUGACAGGAGUAAUGGUUCCGGCAGGGACAGUUACUCAACCUCUUCUUAUCCCCAUCAGUAUUGCAGGUCAGGUGACAGGCCAGCAGGCGCUGGCCCUGGUGACAAUUCCCACAGCAACGCUCGCCGCGCUCCCGGGACUGACGCCGGCGGCACCUGCGGGGGCGAUUUUCAAACCGCCCGUAGCCAAUCUCACAGCCGCCGCCGUGCUCAGCCCCGCCAUCCCGGCCGUCCCGGCGGUCCCGGCGCCGCGGCCGCCCCCGCCGCCCCCGGGGCAGCCCCCGCUGCUGCGGGAUUUGAAUUUUGGGUUCCGCGGGCGCCGCCGCUCCGUGCAGCAGCAGCGGCUCCGCCGCCGUGCUCAGCCCCGCCAUCCCGGCCGUCCCGGCGGUCCCGGCGCCGCGGCCGCCCCCGCCGCCCCCGGGGCAGCCCCCGCUGCCCCCCCAAAGGACCCCCCGAUGUCCGUCCAGCCCCAGAUCGCCGGACUGGCCUUUAACCCCGGCAUACUCACGGCGGCUCUGGGGGCACAGCCACAGAUCCUGGGGUCCCUCAGUGCCCCCCCCGUGAUCGCCACCCCCCUCCCCAGCGUCCAGGGGAUCCCGGGGCAGCUCCUGACCACCACCCAGGGCCAGGUGAUCGGGACCCUGCCGUGGGUCGUGGCCCCCCCCGGGGUGGCCGCGGCCGCCCCCGCGCCGGCCCCGCCCAGCCUGCAGGUGACACCGGUGACACCGCAGCUGCUGCUCAACGCGCAGGGCCAGGUGAUCGCCACGCUGGCCACGGGGGCCACGCUGGCCACGGCGGGGGCCACGCUGGCCACCGCCCCCCCCGCGCCGCCCCCCGGCAAGAAAAACGGGCCAGCUGAGCCCCCCAUCAAGAGCGAGGUGCAGCCCAUCCAGCCGGCCCCAGCCGGGGUGGGCUCCAGCCCCGUGACCAAGGUGUCGCCACCGCCGGUGCCCAUCACGUGCUCCGAGACCCCCACCGUGAGCCAGCUGGUGUCCAAGCCCCCCGCCCCGCCCAGCGCGGAGGAGGACGGGAUCAACCUGGAGGAAAUCCGGGAAUUCGCCAAGAACUUCAAACUGCGGCGCCUCUCGCUGGGGCUGACCCAGACCCAGGUGGGGCAGGCCCUGACGGCCACCGAGGGCCCUGCCUACAGCCAGUCUGCCAUCUGCAGGUUCGAGAAGCUGGACAUCCCCCCCGAGUGUCCCCUGUGUCCCCCCUCAGUGUCCCCAUGUCCCUGCAGGUUCGAGAAGCUGGACAUGUCUCCCGAGUGUCCGCUGUGUCCCCUGAGUGUCCUCUCUAUCCCCAGGUUUGAGAAGCAGGACAUCACGCCCAAGUGUCCCCUGUGUCCCCCUCCAAGUGUCCCCUGAGUAUCCCCAUGUCCCUGCAGGUUUGAG